CGAGAAGUGCUCCUCGGCUCAGGAUUCAGCCAAGGGGAGUAGAUGACUACUGAGAGGUGAAGACAGAGUGAAGUAUUCCAGGCAAUGCAUCCUCCUCCUCAGUGAAACAAGGGGGGGGGCCGCCUGUAUAAAAGAAGCAUAUGCCCUCAACAUUCACACUUCACUUCCUUCUUCUGCAGUGAUCGUUGAUUUAACUUUAAGUCUCAGCAGUGUCUGUAAGAGCAGAAGCUAAGAUGACUUUCUACGAUGACAUUUACCCAUUCUACCCUCUACAAAGGACUUCGUUUAUCUUCAAUGGUGCAUUGCUCACCAUUAUUCUGGUCUUCCUUGUGCUAGCAGUCAGUCUUCUUCUCAUUCUGCCCGGCAUACGAGGGAAGUCGCGGCUGUUCUGGAUGUUCAGGAUAAUAAUCAGCUUGUUCAUAGGUGCGGUGAUAGUGGCACUCAACUUCACCAAUGACUGGGCUGAGGCCAGAAUGACCACAAAAGCCACCUAUAAGUCUUUCAGCAAUGCAGUGGUUAAUGCUGAAAUCGGUCUGCAUGUUGGACUGUACGGCAUUAACGUUACACUAAAAGGGAAUCCUGUUGUACAGUUCAAUGAGACCAUUGACUACAAUGAGAUGUUCAGCUGGCAUGACACUAUUGAAGAAGAGUAUGAGGAAGCUCUGGAGAAAGGUUUACCUAACCCCAUUCUGUAUAUCGCUGAAAAAUUCACGCUGAGCAGCCCUUGUGGUCUCAUCUUUCAGUACAGAUACUCUGGACGAUACGCUUCUGCAACGCUCUGGACAGCAUUUUGCUGCUGGAUGCUCGCCAACAUCCUCUUCUCCAUGCCAGUAAUUCGGUACGCCGGGUACACGAUGAUGGCCACCGCUGCCUUCAUCUUCUUCUCCAUGGCCUCCUUCUCCACCAUCAUGAACGUGCCUCAGUGUGUUUUCUCCAUAGGAACUGACUCCUUUCAAACAGAAUAUAGCCAUUCGUUCUGGCUGGCCCUGGCUACAGGUGUUCUGUGCACCCUUAUUGGGAUUUUUGUGGUGAUGCUUGACUUUUUGGUACCUGAGAAGAUGAAAGAGGCUUUCAGUGUUGGUGUCGACAGCUGUGAAGAUGAGGAUGAUUCUUAUAAGGAGGGCUUCCUGAAUUCAGUUUUCCUUGAUGCAGUGACAAUUUCACCAGUGAAAUCAAAUCUUGCAUCGGAACAUUUAUGAAGCUGUGCCGAUUCCCCUCAGGGAGAUUUGAUUGUUCAUACUUGAAGAUAUUGUUGUUGAAUGUGUGACAGUUGGAGUGUCUGAUUUCAUCCAUCCAUCCAUUCUCUUCCACUUAUCCUGUUCAGGGUACAUUAUUUCAAAGGAAGAAGGGGCUGUUUUGGGGAAGUUGACUUUAAAAAUGAUUGUAAUUUCUGAUUUCACACCUGUUUAAUUAUCUAUGUGAGCCUGUAAAUAAUAGUGUCUUAAAAGGGAGGUCACUGUAAAUAGAUUUAUAAAGGUCGUCAUGUUGCAGUAGCUGUAAAUAAGCAUAAAUUUGUAUGGGAGCCAUACAGCGUGUAUAUAGUCUGAUCAGUAUGGAUGGUUGCUCUGCCACUGUUCACUUUGUUUGGUAACGAAAGAUGAGACAAUAUAUACAC